GCACAUUACCCACCCCACUCUCAUAGCGGCCUGACCACACACCUGAUCCGCCGCGGCUCGUUGACAAUCACGUAUCCUGAGGACCCGAACCCGACCAAGGAGACCUUUGGUGUUGGCGCCCGCAUUGAUGUGCCUGCGGGAAAGGUGCAUGAGGUAUGGAUGGGUGACGAAGGUGAGUACCUCACCUUGAUA